GUUCGGCUUUUUCCGGCUGCAGUCGGCUCAGGGAAUGCAGACGCCGAAGCAUGCAGACUGUAGUGUAGCCAGACUGGCACAUAAAAGGGGGGAAAGGGGAUAAACAGCUCCAGCGACCGGCUAGAAGCAGCGGCGACCGACAAAAGCGGCAGGUAGACGUUGUCGCAUUCCAUGACAGUGACUGGGCGGACCUAAACUGUCUCCCACCGGCCCGUAGAGCUCAUUUAACACAUGAACAAGGAGAAAUACUGGCAAAUGUCAAUAAUAGGAGUCAAGCGAGCGGCUUGUGAGGGAUCAGAGCUCUGAGACUGGCUGGCGGAGCCCCGUUAAGACGCACAAGCGGAUUAGGACUCGCGAGCAGGUGCCUUUGUUGGCUCGCGCCGUUGCCAGUGGAGACCCGCAGUAGCCCGACGCGCUUCUGUAAAAUUAAUGCCUGCAAAUGAGCGUCUCUUCAGUGCACGGAGGAUAACACGCGUCUGACAGUUCUAGGAGUUUUUAACCAAUGCAAGUCCCGGCACCAUGUUCUACGGUUCCUCAUCUGCCAGCAUGUCUCUGCCCUCCAAGAACCGCCUGAAGCGCCAGAGUCGCACUUUUACGCAGGUUCUGUACCGGACACUGAGUUACCGGGACCGCCGCUCUGUGACCGACUUACCUGAGCAGGUGCGUGAUGAUCCAGCGGAGCUCUCCACCCAAUCCUCCGCCCCAGGUGUGCUGAAGAUAUUUGGUGAUGAAAUCAGUGCCGGCGCCAAUUACAAAAGUGUUCUUGCUACACCUCGCUCCAGCGCCCAAGAGCUGAUCAAAGAGGCGCUUGAGCGUUACUCUCUGAACAAGACCUCUGCCUGUAAUUUUGUGUUGUGUGAUGUGAUCGGACGGUUUGAGGGUCCUGACCGGCGGUGGCGGACUGAGUGUCUUCGGGCGCUGGGAAACAAUGAAAAGCCCCUUCUCCUGCAGGACCUCUGGAAGCCGAAGGAAGGUUUCUCCCGCCGCUUUGAGCUCAGACGGAGAGCUGAAGUAGAGGAGCUGGCAGCAAAAGAGAAGGACACAGUCACCGCAGGGACCCACACAAACUCACCUGUACUAUCUGCAACCUUGAGUAGAAGUGGGCAUGGUAGAUGCCAGCGGAGCUCCCCCCGGGGCUGGCGCUUGAUUCAGCCCUGUACAACUUUUGUUAAAGAUAUCAAUGCGCAAGCGAGGAAGCUGCAGAGAAACCGAGCCAAAGGAACGAUGACUCUCCAGCACGGCUCCUCGUUCUGCCGCAGCCUCAGUGAAACCAGCCUUAACCUGGUGGGUUUGCCUGGUGAAGAACCCAAACGCUACUACUCCACCCUCCCUGGACCCAUCAGGACACGCUCCGCACGGGACUCUGAGAUCCGCAAAGAGAGAGAUGGAGGAGGAGUAAAGCACUCGCUCUACCAGUCGCCACACCUGCUGCUCCUUCAGGGCUACAACCAACAGGAUUGCCUGGUUUACCUGUUGAACCGAGAGCAGCACACAGUUGGUCAGGAAACAGCAUCAGCACGGCCAAAUAUCUGCCUGUCAUCUCCGGAUGUGCUUCCACUUCACUGCCGAAUUCGUCGUGCUGCGCAAAGGCGCUCUUCCCCAGACCAGCGGCUUCUCCUGGAGCCCGUUGCUCAUGGGAAUGUGUUGGUAAACUUCAUGCGAAUUGAGCGUCCCACACCCCUCCGUCACGGGGAUUUGCUGUCCUUUGGUGCUCAUUACAUUUUCCUGUACAAAGAUCCUCUGAGUGCUAAACCUCUCCCUGCCCAAACUCUCACCAGACUUCGUACCCUAGCAAAACUCUGCGAUGGUGAGUCUGGAGGUUUGCCUGAGAAAGGAGAUGCUUGUCGAAUGUGUGGAGCUGUUUUACACGAACCGGCAGCAUCCUCUAGACGUAGCUCUAAAGCUCCAGCACGAGGGUCACAGAAACGAAAGCUGGCGCUGGAAUUUGAGCGGGCUCACGAGGACGCACUGGUGAACCGGGUGCUGACGCUCAUCGAGCCCAGCGGGGACGACCACAAGCUGACACCAGCAUAUUUGCUUUGUCUAUGCAUCAAGCACUCAGCGAAUACAUUUCCACCCGGCAGCUUCGGCAAACUCUUACAGAAAAUCGCCAAGAGGAUUCAGACCAUAGCAUGGGAGAAGACAAAGGAGUUGGCACAGAAGCAAGCUCAGCAUCAAGAUCCUGCCUCGCUGUCUCUGCUCAGCAUCUCAGACCUCGUACCAGAUCUCCAGUUCAUUUUCUUCUGGAUGUCCAAUGCCAUCGAAAUACUGUAUUUUAUCCAGCAGAAAUCACCUGCGUACAUGCAGACUAUUGAGCUCAUGGACGAUAAAGCAGGAUCCAAAGAAUCUCUCCUCUCAGCAACAAUAUCAGCAAAUGAAGAGGCGAUGACCAUACUGGAGGAAGUGAUCAUGUACACCUUUCAGCAGUGUGUCUACUACAUCACUAAGACGUUGUAUGUGGUGCUGCCGGGCCUGUUGGACUGUAACCCAUUUGGGACGGAGCCUUCAUCAGAGCAGUGCCGGCGGGCUGCAGGAGUGUGUGUGUGUGCAGUGUGUGUGAUGCCAGAAGCCGUUCGCAGGGUGGUCAGUGUGUUUCAAACCACAUCAGACCUGCUCCAGCAGUACCAGGUUCAUUCAGAGAUUCAGAGUCAGAUGUUCGCCUACCUCUUCUUCUUCACCAACGUCUCGCUCUUUAAUCAACUCAUCGAUAAAGGUCCCGCUCGUGGCUGGUUUCAGCGCUCUCGUGUCCUGCAGAUCCAGGCGAGUGUGAAGAUUUUGUUAGACUGGGCUAAAGGAGCAGGUCAUAAUCAUCUUGCACAGAAAUUCUUUGCUAAAUUCUGUAGCACAGUGACCAUCCUGGCCUCGCCUCCACAGCAGCUUUCACAGAUGAGCUGGAAAGCCUUAUGUGCAGAGCAUCCGUCUCUAAAGCCUGUCCAGCUUCACAGAAUCCUCACUCAAUACCAGCUCAUGGCUGAACUUGGGCCUCUACCAAUCUGGCAACCCAGCAGUGAAGAUGAGGCCUAUAUCUACAGAACAGUUGAUCUACUGGAGAGCUUUGAGAAUCACCCUCCUAUUGUGCUGCCAAGUGCUGGGUUUAAGGUGGAUUUGGAGAGUGACUGUGUGGAGGACAGUAUUUAUCGUCAGCUGCUUUACGUUCGUCACUUUGUUUGGGGGCUUCGCACUAAAACUCAUCCAUCUAAUGGCUGUACAGACCGACAGGAUGCCCAGCGUGAGCCUCCGCAGCCUCACUCCAGUCCUCAUCCGGCUCCAUCUGUCCGCGGGGAAGGAGAAGGCGAGGUGCGCAGCUCCUCCACGACUCUUGGAGGAAGAGGAGAAGGAGCAGGAGCCGAAGACCGAACACGGGACAAACCAACACACGGCAUUCACUACAGAAACGGCUCCGGCGCCCGUUAUGCCAACCAAAGCCAAGCCACAGACUCUUCCUGUAUACUGACUCCACCAAACACCCCGCUCUAUCCGGAACACACGUACAUACAGUCCAACACAGCGCACUACCCGGAGCAUGCUUCACAAGAGCACACACAUACACACUCGCACACUAAGACCAAUGGUUGCAUGCGUUCUACUCCUGAGCACAAGAAAAUCAAUGGCUUCAUCAGCAAUGGCAUUGAAGGCCCUUUGAGUGGUUGUGGUUUUCCUUUCCCUGUCCCUGUGUCUCAUCUGGGCCCAAAGUCUGAUGAUAUCUGUUCCGUCUUUGUAGUGGACCUGGAUAAAGGACCGUACGGCCUGGGAAUGGGACUGAUCGAUGGACUUCACACCCCUCUGAACUCUCCUGGAAUCUACAUCAGGACUCUGAUUCCAGAUGGACCUGCUGCUGCAGAUGGACGACUCUGCAUCGGUGACAGGAUCCUGGCAGUGAACGGAACCAGUCUCAUUGGAGCAGACUAUCAGAGUGCUGUGGAUUUGAUUCGUCUGGGGGGAGGACGGCUCCGGUUUCUUGUCGCCAAAUCAGAUCUCGAAGUAUCAGAGAAGAUCAGUGCCUCUUCCUGCUGAGAGAGAGGCUGCAAGUGUGACCCUCUACCUAGACGAAAUAUGAGGAGGACAGAGAGUCCUCAGUCUCGAGACUGGAGAACAAGCACACUAUAGGACCUCUCAGCGCCUACAGCCCCUCUGUCUCUUACACAGCCCUGUACAAUACUGCACUCAAUCAGAAAAACAAACAGAACAACAUCUCUGUCUUUACCUCUUAACCAGUCUGGUUUUGUCUCUUGAAUGUCAAGGAAUAUUGAAGAGGAAUGUGUUUGUGCACAUUAUAUGGCUAAUACUAGAUAAACCGUAGGUCUCAAACGCGAUACUUGGAGGGCCGCAGCUCUGCACUGUUUUGCUCCAAACCUAAUCUAACACAGCUGAUCCAACUAAUCAAGGGCUGCAUCCGACAUCGCCUACUACUCAGUAGAUACUACAUUUGAAUUUAAGUGCACUACUUGAAUGUUCUAUACAGUAUGAAUGUGAGCGGUAUGAAUGGAACUCACGUACUACAUCCGCCAUUUUAUCAUGACCGCAUGACCUACUG